AAAACUCUCCUGCUGCCUGUUUGCUCAGCUCCAAGCCAGGCACCAAUGUUAGGAUUCUCCAGGGCAUGGUUUUUGUCUGGAGAAGGCAAUUCAUUCCAGGGGGGUUUCCAGGGGCUGCCAGUGACUCUGUGACUCUGAAGGAAGGAGAAAACCUAAAUCUCAACUGCACCUUCAGCACCCUCAGCAGCAACAACUUCACCCUGCAGUGGGUAAACCCCAAGAAUUUCACCAUUUUCCUCAACGCCCAGCGGGUUUUAAGAGACAAGAGGUACAAACUGCUCCGUUACUCCAAGGAUGAAUUAUCCAUCCAGCUGUCCAACCUGACAGAGCAGGAUGAGGGAAUGUACAGCUGCUUGUACUACACCGAGCACGUCCAAACCAAGAGCCAGAAUGUUGAGAUUUUGGCUGCUCCCUCCCACCCCGUGCUGGAAGUCUCUCAGGAUGAAGAAAGAGGCAUCAAACUCUCCUGCUAUACCCGGGGGGGCAGACCCCAGCCCCAGAUUUCCUGGCUGUUGGACAACGGGAUCGAGCUCCCAGGUGACACCAGGCACCAGCUGGGAGCUGAGGGGAAGAAAUGGAGCACGAGGAGUACGCUGAGGAUCCUCAGCUACAGCCCCAGAGUGACAGCCAGCUGCCUCAUCCAGCACCCUGCGCUGGGGGCACGGAGGCUGCUGGCACCUUUCCCCUUCCAGGACCUGCCCAGCUCGGGCUGCAAACAAACAACCAGACUUUCAGAGGAUGCAGAAGUUCCCAGUCCUUCAGAGAAUCCAGCAGUUUCCAGUUCUUCAGAGAAUCCAGCAGGUACCAGCCCCUCAUCAUCCCCAGAGAAUCCAGAAGUUUCCAGCCCCUUUACAUCUCCAAAAGAUCCAGAAGUUUCCAGCCCCUCUGCAUCCCCAAAAGAUCCAGAAGCUUCCAAACCUUCUGCAUCCCCAGGGAAUCCAGAAGUUUCCAGCCCCUCUGCAUCCCCAGAGAAUCCAGAAGCUUCCAAACCUUCUGCAUCCCCAGAGAAUCCAGAAGUUUCCAGCCCCUCUGCAUCCCCAGAGAAUCCAGCAAUUCCCAGCUCAGCACCAGCCCAGCCAAACCUCACAGAUGUCACAUUGAACGAGCGAAAUCCUGAAUCCAAAGGACUCCUGAAGAAGGAGAAGAACCUCCUGCUGCCCGUCCUGGUGGCUGCUCUCAUCUUGGUGCUGCUCAUCAUUGUGCUGCUGUUCAUGGUGAAGCUGAAGAAGGCGCACGGGGUGUGGAGGAGAGAAAAUGACGUUUCACAGCAAACACUGGAGAGUUAUAAAUCCAGAUCUAACGAAGACAGUCCAGGCCAUGAGAAGAAUGGACAAGCUGGAAAUCCCAAAUCCAACCUGCAGUAUGUAACAGAAGGACACGUGGAAACCCCAGAGAAGAACCUGGAAACCCCAGAGAAGAACCCAGGCACCCAAACCACGGCAGUAAACGAGGAAAAAUUCACCUGUGGCAGGGAGACAGAUGUGUAAGGGUGGGGAAGGUGCAGGAAACUGCAAAUUCCUGAUGUUUGUGUGGAACUUCUCAGGGCUCUUGAUUCGAGGGAGCAGGAGGGACGGGGAGCUCCAUCCCAAAGCCACCUGCGGGGGGUUUUGUCACCCAGCAGGGCGGGGAGGGGGGGCUGGUGCUCCUGGAAACCUGGCCUGAGCCACCUGGAACCUUCAGAUCAUCUCACAAACCCCUCAGGAGCUCCUAAAUUAUGGAUUGAUCAUCAUUAAAUAAUGAUCAAUCCUUCAAGUGCUCCUGGAAACCCGCCCUGAGCCACCUGGAACUUCAGAGCACAUCAGGAACCUGUGCCAUGAGCAGCUCAGCACCCCAUGUCCUCCUGGAAACCUGGCCUGAGCCAACUGGAACUUCAGAGCAUCUCACAAAUCCCUCAGGAGCUCCUAAAUUAUGGAUUGAUCAUCAUUAAACAAUGAUCAAUCCUUCAAGUGCUCCUGGAAACCCGCCCUGAGCCACCUGGAACUUCAGAGCACAUCAGGAACCUCUGCCAUGAGCAGCUCAGCACCCCAUGUCCUCCUGGAAACCUGGCCUGAGCCAACUGGAACUUCAGAGCAUCUCACAAAUCCCUCAGGAGCUCCUAAAUUAUGGAUUGAUCAUCAUUAAACAAUGAUCAAUCCUUCAAGUGCUCCUGGAAACCCGCCCUGAGCCACCUGGAACUUCAGAGCACAUCAGGAACCUCUGCCAUGAGCAGCUCAGCACCCCAUGUCCUCCUGGAAACCUGGCCUGAGCCAACUGGAACUUCAGAGCAUCUCACAAAUCCCUCAGGAGCUCCAAAAUUAUGGAUUGAUCAUUAUUAAGUAAUGAUCAAUCCCUCAGGUGCUCCUGGAAACCCGGCCUGAGCCACCUGGAACUUCAGAGCGUCUCAGGAACCUCUGCCUCAAACAGCUCAGCACCCCAUGUCCUGCUGGAAACAUUUCCUGAGCCACCUGGGACCUUCAGAGCACCUCAGGAGCCUCUGCCAUGAAUGGAUCAGUCCAUCAGGUGCUCCUGGAAACCUGGCCCAAGGCCCCUGGGACCUUCAGAGCAUCUCAGGAACCUGUGCCUCAAACAGCUCUGCACCCCAUGUCCUGCUGGAAACCUGCCCUGAGCCACUUGGAACUUCAGAGCAUCUCACAAAUCCCUCAGGAACUCCAAAAUUACGGAUUGAUCAGCAUUAAAUAAUGAUCAAUCCUUCAAGUGCUCCUGGAAACCCAGCCUGAGCCACCUGGAACUUCAGAGCACAUCAGGAACCUCUGCCAUGAGCAGCUCAGCACCCCAUGUCCUCCUGGAAACCUGGCCUGAGCCAACUGGAACUUCAGAGCAUCUCACAAAUCCCUCAGGAGCUCCAAAAUUACAGAUUGAUCAUUAUUAAGUAAUGAUCAAUCCCUCAGGUGCUCCUGGAAACCCGGCCUGAGCCACCUGGAACUUCAGAGCACAUCAGGAACCUCUGCCAUGAGCAGCUCAGCACCCCCAGCAGCAAUCAGCGCUCUCCAGGACACCCAGGCCCAAAUUAAGAUAUUUCGGAUUGAUUUUGUCACCUCCUCUGUGACCACAGGUGCUACAAACCAACUGUGACUUUUCUUUUCUCCUUGGGACACCAAACCUGCGCUUGAAGCUGGAUUUAACCAAGCUGGAAAGUGGCCUGAUGGCUAAAGGGUUAAAAAAUAAAAAUUAAAAAGAACCCCAGCAAUCCAACCCAAAUUAUUUGAUGAUUUGAUGGUCCUGUGAAGGGGAUGUCCCCCUUGGGCUGCCCAAAUGCUGGGAUGAGGGCAGCAGGAGAGCUGGGACUCCUCCAGGGAGCCCUUCCUG